AUGACGGUCUUGGACAAGUUCCCAGAAGAGCGACAGAAGCUCAGGCAGCUUGCAGCUCUUCGAAUGGAGUGGAGGUACGCGCUGCAUGACUUGCAAAAAUUUGAUUGGAUCCGAGGGACUCCGGAUGGCUUCCCGACCCUCCUGGAGCAGAUGAUCACGCGCUGGAUUUUCUUCCGCGGUGACGAGAUGAUGGUCCAGGGCUCCCCGGGAGACAGCCUUAUGAUGAUUUCCUCUGGCUCCGUGGAAAUUGUUCACGACGAGCAGGUCAUCCGUGAACUAGGAGGAGGGGAUGUCCUCGGCGAGCUCGGUGCACUUGGAAUUGCGCCGCUUCGAACAGCGACUGUGCGGUGCAAGGACAUCUGCGAUGUCUAUGUCCUGGCGAAGGCGGCGCUGACGCGGGCAUUGAGUCUCCACCCUGAGCAGAUGGACCCCUUGCGGAAACUUGCCACCGCGCGCAUGCGGAGUGACGUCGAGCGCACAUCGGAGAAGCAUGUCCUGCUCAACUGCCCGCUCUUCCAGCAAUGCAGCAGGAAAUUCCUGGAUCGCAUCUCAGAGCACCUGGAGGACCGCCUCUUCAUGGAGGGUGAGGAUCUCUGCAUUGAGGGCGAGAAGGGUGACACCAUGUUUGUUCUCAUCCAGGGCACCUUGAACGUGUUUGUGACAGUAGAUGGAAAGAACAAGAAGGUGAACGAGCUGCACAAGGGGAGUGUGAUCGGCGAGAUCGCGGUGUUGGGGCUCGCAAGCCAUCGAACUGCCACCCUCACAGCAAAGACGGUUUGCUUGGUUCAGAUCCUCCAUCGGCCCAUCCUGAUGAAGUAUCUCAACGAGUUCCCUCGUGAAAUCGCGACCUUCCAGGAGGUUGGGGCAUCGCGGCUCACGAAGAGCGGUAUCAGCAAGAACACCCUUUUCCCGCAGCAGGUCCUCUUCCGAUACUGUGGCUCGACCUUCGUCGAGGAGGUCUGCAAAACGUUGCAGCGAAAGAUUUGCUUCCCUGGACAGAUCAUCGUGGAAGAGGGCGCUGAAAGCCAGGAAAUGUAUGCCAUCGCGCAGGGACACGCAUCGGUGGAGAAAGGCGGCACGAAGCUGGGAGAACUUCAUCAAGGAUCCGCAUUUGGUGAGAGGGCCGUCCUUGGCAUGAUGUCGAUCCAGUUGGUGAGCAUCAAGGCUGAGAGCAUGUGCGAUUUGCAGUACCUGAACUGCCACGACCUGGAAACGAUGCUGGCGAACUUCACUGAGGAGAAGAAGCACCUCUUGCAGGCGGUUGCAGGCAUGAUGCGAGAGGACAUCGCAGAAAUCACAGACCAUGAGAUCUUGCAAGAAGUUCCACUUCUUGCAGUCUUGGGAGACGACUUUAUCCAGCAUCUGCUAGGGUCUCUCCAGGUGGGCGCCGCAAGGAGAGACGAGCCUGUGAAGAGCAAGUCAGACGAGCUCUUCGUUGUCAUCCUUCAAGGCCGCGCAUCUGUCCAGCUGGAUGGCAGCACACUUCGUGAGCUAUCCGAAGGCGAAAGCUUUGGGGAGGCCGCCUGCCUUGGGCUGGCGGUGCCUCCGAAAGGCGACCUGGCCCUGGAGCUCUUCGCGGUGGGGCAGAGCUGCUUGUAUCUUUCUGCCACAAAGGAUGCGGUGCAGCGAGCCCUUCAGCAAGAAGGAGCCCGCAUGCGAGACAAGCUUCGCGGCAGCGUCACGGUAGCUCCGGGCUUCGCGAGGGUGGUUCUCGAAAGCAGCCCUUUGAGCUUCCUGCAGAUGACGCAGGAUCAGCUGACGCAGCUCUACGACAGGUGCGAGGAGUGCUUCUGCCUCGAGACCCAGGACCUCCUUUCCGUUCGGCACCGGCACAGAACUCUGCUCUUCCUCCUUGCAGGAAAAGCCAGCUGCCAAGUUGGUGACGAAGAGCUCAUUCUCGAGCUCGGGUCCCAGAGUCUCAGAACGAGCAAAGACGGUCCGGGGCGUGGGCCCGUGACUGCCGUCGUGCACUGCAAGGCCCAGCCCGAGGAGGACCAAGCCCAGCAGUGCGGCCUUCCGGGAUCUUUGUCCGUGCGUGUUUGCAUGCGGCCCGUGGCGAGUUCUGGGCUCAAGCCUAGCUCACCAACAUGGGUGAUGCCGACGGCGAGACGAGGCAUGCCAGCCGCAGUGCAAGCUGCGAAGAGGCUGCCGAGAACGGCCGUGGCGGAGGCCGGGGUAGAGAUCAGAUUGGAACAAGGCGAAGAUGAAAAGCUCAGAGCUGAAGGCGAGCAAGGCAAGCUCUUCAUCGGACAGCUGCUUUCCUUCGAGGCGGAAGAAGGCGACAUCCAGGAAAAGUUUGGGAGAUACGGACAGAUUUUGAAUGUCCAAAUCAUCAAGGAUAAUGCGACAGGGAAGUCCAAAGGUUAUGGCUUCAUCAAGUUCGCAGAUCCUGCAGAUGCCGAGAAGGUGCUGAGGACCAUGGAUGGCGCUGACAUUUGCGGGCGCCGGUGCAAGUUGGACCGUGCAGGCGGCGGCAAGUCGCAUGGUGGGGGGCAAAACAUGUCCCGUUACGAGCGAGACGACCGCCGUGGUGGCCGCGGCCGAGAUGGUGGGAUGAAGGCCGCCGAGCCGGAGAAGCUCUUCAUAGGGAAGUUAAGCCUGGAUGCGACAGAGGAGGAUGUGCAGGACGCCUUCCGGAGGCUCUGUGAUGUGAAGGUUCAGAUCAUCAAGGAUCGCGACACUGGCGAAGCGCGUGGCUUUGGAUUCAUCACCUUUCCGGACUCUUCCAAAGCGGAGGAGGCACUUCGAAGUCUUCAGGGCGCUGAGGUCGCAGGGCAGCCCUGCCGGCUCGAGCGGCCAGGGCAAAAGCGUGGAAGGGAUGGCUCGCCCAGUCGCUCACAAGGCCGUCACCGAGACCACGCUCGGGCAAGGUCACGGUCUCGAGGAGGCAGAGGCCAAGGCCGCGAGGACUGGGACGCCCGAGGCGACGACCGGAGGCAUGGCCGACGGCGUGAUGCUUUCGAAGCCCGAGGGCCUCGGGACCGCGAGCGCCGUGAACGCGGGGAGCGAGAGCGGGGAGGAGACCGAGAACGGGACCGGCCCGAGCGCGGCGAGCGAGGCGAGCGCGGCGAGCGCGGCGAGCGCGGGCGCCGGGAGCGCGACCGACCCCACCGAGGUGAGUCGCAAGACUCGCGGGCGGCCGACCGGGAGCCACGCCGUGGUGAACGCCAGCGCUCUCGCACACCGGAUGGGCUGCCCAGGAAAAGCGAGGCCAUCAAUGCCGCACGUGUGGCAUACGAGGAGACAAGCCGCCGUUUGCAAAUGGCGCAGACGGAGGCAGACUCAGCAGAGGCAGCGUACAAGAAGAUGCAAAAAGCAGCUGAUCACGCUGUCGACCGCAAGGUGGCGGAGGAGAGCAGCCACAUCAAGAAAGAUCUCGAGCUGAAGCUUGGUGCCAUGAAAGCGGGGUCGAAGAACGCCCUGGCGCUGGCCCUGGACGACGCCGAGCUGCAGCUGCGCCAGGAGUUGGCGGACAGGAUCUCGCAGAUGAAGAAGGAGUACCAGAAAAAAGUUGAAGACGAGCAUGGCCGGAUCCGGCGGCAGCAUGCGGAGGAGGCGGAGGAUGCGGAAGCGAAGGUGCAAGAGGAAGCUGAAGACAGAAUCAAGGAGCUUCGCAGAAAAGCCGAAGAGGAGGAGAAUCCUUGGGAGUGGCGAGAGGCUCGCGACAAGGCUGUCGAAGCCUUGCAGAAGGAGGAGGAGAAGCUGGACUCGGCCAAGCGACGAUUGGAGACUCUGACCGGUGGGCCAGUGAAGGAUCGUCGCUCUCGAUCUCUGUUGCCCAGAGAUCGAGAGAAGCGAAAACGAGUUCCCCCUCCUCCACCGCAGGCGCGGGGUCGCGACUGA